AUAUGGAACGGUCCGAAGUGGUCCUGCACCUGGAAUCCCGUUGCUAUGACAGCCAUAGCUGCCGGAAGAGCUCCUCACUGAUCCCGCCCCUCCUUCAUAGCACAACGCCCGGGUGCAGGGAGCGGCUCUUUCCCUGCUGCUGCUGUUGCUGCUGCUGAAGAUGGCGGACGAGGGAGCAACCUCUGAGCAGCAAGAGGAGGAAGCAGCCCUUGGGGCAGGCGAGCUACGGAGCGAGAAAGGGCCCCGGGGAAGCGGCCGGCCCCCCACUGUCAGGGAUUUACAGCUUGCAUUGGCUGGAUUAUAUGAAGAUGAAAUUAAAAGGCAACCAUCGCAUUCUGAUAAACCAACAACUAGAGUGACCAGUCAUCCAAGAUUACCAGUUCAAAGUCUUAAAAUUGACUCCUUCAGAAGUUUGAGAAAACCAGAAAGAAGUAUGAGUGAUGACAAGGAUAACCAAAGGUAUUAUUCAGGUGAUUCAGAAUAUAGGGGACUCCAGGUAGUUGGAUCAUCAAAUAUAACUCCCAGCAAAAUUGUUGAUGAACUUUUCAAGGAAGCAAGAGAACAUGGGGCAGUCCCUUUGGAUGAAGUAUCGAGAGUUUCAGGGGAUUGUCAUAAAGCUAAAUCAUUUUCUGGUGGUGGAUACAGAUUGGGCAGUUCAUCUCUAAAGCGGUCCGAAUACAUAUAUGGAGAAAAUCAGCAUGGGCAAGAAGUUCAAAUAUUGCUAAAAUUGUGGAGGAAUGGUUUCAGUUUGGAUGAUGGAGAGCUGAGAUCUUACUCAGAUCCAGUAAAUGCUGAGUUUCUUGAAUCUGUUAAAAGAGGAGAGAUUCCUGUAGAACUUCAACGAUUGGUGCAUGGAGGCCAAGUAAAUUUAGAUAUGGAAGAUCAUCAGGAGCAAGAAUAUGUAAGGCCUAGACUGAGAUUCAAAGCUUUCAGUGGAGAAGGCCAGAAGCUUGGAAGUCUUACUCCUGAGAUUGUCAGCACACCUUCUUCACCGGAAGAAGAAGAAAAAUCCUUUCUUGAUGGUGUUUUUUUGGUUGAUGACUCCAUGCCAACAACCAAAAUUCAGAUUAGGCUUGCAGACGGAAGCCGUUUAAUACAAAGAUUUAAUCAAACACACAGGAUUUUAGAUAUUCGAAAUUUUAUUAUCCAGUCUCGUCCUUCAUUUGCAACCACUGACUUUGUUCUUUUGACUACAUUUCCCCAUAAAGAACUUACAGAUGAAAGCCUAACACUAGAGGAAGCCGAUAUCCUGAACACUGUGAUUCUUCAACAAUUAAAGUAAAUGUUGAGUGCAAUAUAGUUUCUGGAAAUGGAUAAUGUGCCAUAUUGUUCUAUGCCAAUGCUUACAGUAAGGUGGGGUGAUGGGGGGAGAGCAAGAAGAAACCCUAAAGUUUUUCAGUUAAGGAGAUCCGUUGGCUUUUAAUACUGUUCUGUCUUCCAGUGACAACUCAUCUGAACUGAAUUUCAGGGAGCUUUCUUGAUGCGUAUUAAUUUAUUUUGUAUUCUUCCCAAGCCAGGUUUGCAUAAACCUGUGUGAAUUUCAGUAUUCAUUAGGGGCGGGGAAACACUUUUUGCUUUCAAACAUUUUUUAAGGAUGUAAAUGCAAUUCUGAAACAAGAGGGCUUUUUUUCUUCAGACUUGGUAAGACUUGAACUACAGAAGAAUUUCAUGCUGCAUUAGCUAACAGCCAUUUAAAAAAACAAACCCUGAACCUUAUUUAUGUUCCAUUAUGUGGUUUGGAAAUUGUCUGUUCACAGGUUGACUUCUUUCUACUUAUUUAGCAUGAUCUUAACACAUUCUAUAAUGUUGUACUGGUAAAAUAUUUGGCUCAUUCAAGCAUUCACCUUUAAUCUCAUGGAUUAUUAUUUCAAUUGAGAAACUGAUUUGCUGAAAAGAUGGAGGAUUAGAGUAAGAACAUUUUAUAUGAGAAAUUCGUGUUGCAAAGGACGAACGCUAACUUUUGUAAAAAAAACAAGACACCCAUGGUAGCAUAACAGAUAUUAAAAAUAAGAAUCUCAGGGUCUACAAUUAAUGUCUGAAGAUAGAUUUGUGGUCAUAUGAAUCACAUGCAAUUGAGGGCUAAUUUAUACUACCCACUAAUCCACUGUUAAUGAUAUACAAGCUCUAUUGUACACUUACCCAGUCAUUUCAGUGAAAAGACCUGGUUUGCACAUUUUUUAAAAAAAUGGAUGGCUUCCCCAUUCCUGAUUAUAUGCAGGAUCUGAUGCACUUAAAAGUCCCAUUGCAAAGCACUCCCUCCCCUAAAAAAAAAAAAUCUUGAAUGAGAUAUUUGUAUUGCUAGCUGCUGUUUUAUCAUUCUGGAUUUGCAGUCUCCAGUGGUAGAUUAGGUCACAUGAAUCAUUUUCCAAAGUGGUGAUUUGAUGAAACUCCAGUUGGCUCACGUUAAGACUGUAUUCAUUUAUCCAAGAUCAUGGCUUGUCUUGUAAUUGUCCUCUAAUCCAAGUAAUAAGGGAAGGCCACACCCAGAGAGAUUAUGUAUGGCAGUUCAGAGUUGCUUCAAGGUUUCAUGUAGGAGAAUCUACAUUCAGUUAUCGGCACACCAGCAGUGACACUUCUCUCCCUAAAUCUGCAUCUUGCCCUGAAGUCUAGUACAAAUGUCACCUUCCUGAGAUCUCCAUGAAAAGGGGGGUGGGCGGAACUUGAAGGGCAAAAAAUCAGUCACUGUACGCUUCAUCUGCCUUCACCUUUGUCUUUUGUUCCAACCAGAGAGCAGCAUUUGGGCUGCAGUCAGAUGGGGAAAAUGAGGAAAAAUCACACUGGACAGAAAUCCUUGCAUCUGCAGAAAUGCUGUGAUGGCUAGCCUAGUUUGGGAACUAGAUGAUUAGAUGAAGGUACACAGUUAGAACGAUCUAGCUGAGUAUACAAAUUGUACCUUAUUGCCAAUCACCAUGUGCUAAAAAUUGUCCAGUUUUUCAUUGCAGAGUAACAUUGAGAUAAUUUAACCAAUUUAGUUCCCAUAAAGAUUGUGUAAUGUUGGCUAGUUUUACAUCUUGAGGAAGUACCGGGAAGGUUACCUGUUGAAAGUGUUUAUGCAGUACAGCUUGUGUUCCAUGUUAGUUCAAAAUAAAAGAAAAUUGUCUUGGAAGUACAGCUUUAUUUUCAAAGGAAAUGGAAGAACUGGGAAGUGUUCAUGUCGCUUUAUGAAUAGUAUCAAUAGUCCUUUCUGUGCAUUUUAAUUGAUAAUUUUGCAAUGUGGAUAGCUUUUGUUUGGAUCAGUAAUUUAUUUUAGCAUUUUUACUAUUAGUUGGUACAUGUAUCCAUAAUUUUCGAAGAUACAAACCUUUUAAAGGCAUCUUCAAAAAGUUUUCUUUGAAAUCAAAGAAAUACAUUGUAAAGUCCAGUGUCUGCAUGUUUUAACCAGUCCCAAAUUUUUCAUGUGUUCUAAUCAAUAAAGACAAUUCUUUUGUUGA